AUGACGAACGAUCUUCUGCAUGGGCAGUUGGUUGUUCUUAUGGCCAUCAGGGCUGGAGGAAGUGGUUGGCAGCUUGCACUAGUCACACCACAUAACAACAACAACAACAAUCCUCGUCUCGCAAUAGCAACAAAACUCGGCAGAGGAUUUGACAAUCUUCUGCUAGACAGUCUCUACAAAGACGAUAUAGCAAGCAGACAGAUUCAAUUAACCAAUGCUGGUUACGGAUUUGGAGCAACGGCUACAACCCGAGAACCAGCCUCAUCUAACCCCAACCCGCUCCGGAUGCAACAAGAUAUUUUCUGUAAAUAUCCGAGACCACUUUACUGUUCUCUAAGCAACCCAAAUCCGAGUUAAAGAUUUGAGUUCAUAAUUUCACAUACAAUACAAUCUCGAGAAAAAAAAAAAUCUUAUUUUCCUUUACUCGCACUUCUAAACAACAAUCCAAAUUGCACAGAUUGACUUUGUAUUCAAUCACGUAUCAUGAUAUGCCUUUUUAAUUUAUU